GCUACCCUAGGUCUAUCGACUCCACCUAAGCUUUAUCCAAUUCGGUGACGUCAUUACUUCGUUAUUACUUCGUUAUAAUAAUCAUAGCUUUGAUCAUGACCUCGACUUACAUACGUAGAUGUACUCUAAUCUUGAAGGUUUUGUAAAUAGUUAAUUGCUCUUGCCAUUAUCCAAUUUAAAAUAGAGACAUCGAACAUCACAACAUCACAAUUCCAGCCACAACUCAUCUUCCAAAAUGUCGAGCAUCACAACCCUACGCACAGCUCUACGAGCGAGCAGAGCUCUCAGACCCAACCUCAACAACUGCCGCCUCUCAGCCGCCACCUCGAGGCCGAUCCACCAAUCAGCCGCAGCCCGUACACCCUACAAAGACGACCAGGACCGCGAGUCCCUGAGUCCCAAAGCGCACGACUCUACUAUGAGCGCCACGGACGACGAGGUCGCCACCAAGCACGACGCCUCCUUCAACAAGGACAAGACGGACCCGCAAACCUCCAAAGACGCCUCCGCCGCUGCGAGCAACGGGAACCCUCUCGACUUUAGCCCUGCCGAUCAGGGGUUCUCCCAGGGCGGCAGCAGUGGCCACGAGGAGGAUGCGCCGCAUGACACUAAGGUGCAGGGCGGGCAAAAGAAGGCGAGCGGCGGUGGUGGGCGGGGUAAGAAGGGGAAGAAGGCAUAGCUGGAAGAGAUGCUGAGGAGUACCUAGGUAUAUAUUAAUUUGUAUAAGUAUUUUGCACAUUUUCAUCGUGUAUCGUAGCUUUCGUAUCCGGCGCAUUACAGUUAGGUACGCCAAUGGCCUUUUAUCCAACAAUGUAUUGUGACGAC